AUGCUCCCUUCUGUCAUCUCAUUCUCGGGGUUCGCGCCUCAUCAUCCCUCCCUGCACCUCAUUCCCUUUCCCCCACCCCUCUGUCUUCCUCCCGUCCUAUUCUCAGGGCUUGCGCCUCAUUCUCGUUUCCUGCACCUUAUUCCCUUCCCCCACCCCUCGUUCCCCCUCCCUUCCUUUCAUUCUCGGGGUGUGCGCCUCAUCCUCUCUCCUCAUUCUCCUCAUUCCCUUUUUCCACCCCUCUUUCUCCCUCCCAUCAGGCUCAUUCUCAGGAUUUCCGCCUCAUCAUCCCUCCAUGCACCUCAUUCCCCUUUCCCCACCACUCAUUAUCCCUCCCUUGCCUUUCAUUCUCAGGAUUUCCGCCUCAUCAUCCCUCCGUGCACCUCAUUCCCUAUCCCCCAUCCCUCAUUCUCCUUCCCUGCCUUUCACUCUCAGGAUUUGCAGCUCAUCAUCCCUCCAUGCACCUCAUUCCCCUUCCCCCACCACUCAUUAUCCCUCCCUUGCCUUUCAUUCUCUGGAUUUGCGACUCAUCUUCCCCCAUGCACCUCAUUCUCAGGAUUUGCGGCUGAUCCUCUCAACCUGCUCCUCAUCCCCUUUCCCCCUCCCCUAAUUCUCCCUCCCUGCCCCUCAUUUCCAUUGUUUGCACCUCAUGAUCCAUCCCUGCACCUCAUGCUCUGUCCCCCACCCCUUUCUCUCCCUCCCUGCCACUCAUUCUCACGGUUUGCGCCUCAUGAUCCAUCCCUGCACCUCACGCUCUGUCCCCCACCCCUUUCUCUCCCUCCCUGCCACUCAUUUCCAUUGUUUGCGCCUCAUGAUCCAUCCCUGCACCUCAUUCUCUGUCCCCCACCCCUCUCUCUCCCUCCCUGCCCCUCAUGUCUAUUGUUUGUGCCUCAUGAUCCAUCCCUGCUCCUCAUUCCCUGUUUCCUACCCCUCAUUCUACCUCCUGCCCCUCAUUCUCUCUCCUCACCCCACUUUUCCCUUCCUGCCCCUCAUUCCCCUCCCCACCCCUUCAUUCUCCCUCCCCACCCCUCAUUCACCCUCCCUGCUCCUCAUUCUCCGUAUUGGCCUCUCAUCGUCCUUUCAUGCACCUAA